UUCUACUUAAAAAGGUUUAGUCGUUUUACUCAAACCGUUCACAAAGUGCUACAAUGAGACUAUACAUUCUCUUUCUGGCUCUUUUAACUACAUUAACAAAGUGUUCGAUACCGCCAAAUUUCAAAAGAUGCCUUCGCAAGGAUCCAGAAUUCAAAAAAUGCUAUUUUGAAGCUGCCCAGUUUGGCAUCACACAACUCACGAAACCUUACAAGUCUUUGGAUUUACCCAACUUGGAACCUCUUUACGUCCCCUCUUUAACAAUACGCGAUGGAGGGGGAGCCGUUGCCGUGGAACAAAAUUUCAAAAAUUGCACCCUCCAUGGACUGACCUCAAUGAAACUUCAACACUUUGACCUAGAUUUUGAAAAGAAGACGCUUUCCGCGGAUGGAAUUGUCCCAAAAAUGGUACUGAAAUGUCAGUACCAGCUGGAGGGUAAGGUGCUGCUCUUACCUGUCAAAGGUGAAGGCAACAGCACCAUUACGUUAACGAAUUUCCGUUCAAAGCAUCGUUCUUUUUACGACGAAGUGGUGAGAAAUGAUAAGACUUAUUAUACGACGGCUAGCGUGGAAAUGUACUCGGAUGCAGAGCAUGCUCAUUUUUAUUUUGAUAACCUUUUUGGUGGCAAUAAGGAGUUGGGUGACAAUGUUAAUUCAGUAAUUAACGACAACUGGAAACAAGUUUUGGACGAGCUGAAUCCUGUGUACAAUGAAAUCGUGGAAAAAGUGUUGACGGGUAUGAUGGAGAAAGUUUGGAUGAAGGUUUCUUUGGAAGAAUUGUUUGAUUAAGUAGAAAGCAAGAGUGUGAAAAGGUUGUUUAAUAAAGAUUUGUUUAAUUGUA